AUGGAGGCUCGCAUUCGCGAGGGAAGAGACCACUACGCGACCGAAAAGUACGACGCGGCGUUGAGGCAGUUUACCAGAGCCAUGAACAUGUGUGCCUGCACUCGGGGAAUGAGGCGUCCUCGUUGCACCUGCAAGGAUUUCGAGGCCGUCGCGGCGGAGAAUGGCUCCAUCUUCGACGAGGCCAUGCACACGUGCCGUUGCCACGUGGGGAGGACCUUCAACAAGUGCGACAACCUCCUCCACAUCCAGGCACUCGACUACCGCGCUGGCACCUUCGAGGCGAUGAAGGAGCUUGGACGGGCCAGAAAGGAUGCCGAAUGGAUGCUCGAGCUCGCUCCUCGACGGCCCGAUGGCUACCUACGCUUCGGCAAGGUGGCUCGCCUUCAAAAGAAGGCCGAGCUGGCCUGGAAGAUGUACGGCGCCGGCAUCGAGGCCAGCAAGGACGCACCGGUCGACGCGUCCACGAAGCGUCAGCAACUGUACGCCGCCUUUCGACCGCUGCAGGCCCGAUUCAAGCGGCAGGACCCCAUGUCUCUCCCGUACGAGCUCGUUCACAUCAUCUUCUCGCAUCUCGACGUCGUCGAGCUGACAAAGUGCCUCCUCGUGUCCAAGGCUUGGGGCGGCACGCUUCAGUGCCGGGGCUACAAGACCCUCUGGAGGUCAUUUGACUUUCCGACGAGGCCGUUUCAACCACCAUCGACCUUGGCCCUCCAAAAACUGCUGGCCCGCGCGCGCGGUGACGUGCGCGAGAUCGUCAUCAGAGAUCCCACCCGCUUCCAGCUGAGCCAGCAGAGGCUGAUGAUGCUCCUGCGAGCGGCCGCAUCCCUCGAGCGUCUCGAACUGGGGCCCCUGACGGAGUACUACUUUCUCUUCCCCAAGGGGCCGGCGCUCUACAGGAACCUGCGGCACGUCGUCCUGGACAUGUACAACAACGGCGAGCACCGCAGCUGGCACGCGCAGCACCAGAGCACGUCAAACGUACCGGUCGACUUUAUUAAGAGCAUCGCCGCGACCUUGGAGUCCCUCAGCCUCGUCGGCGUGCCCGCCAGCUGGUGCCAGCUCCAGGACGUGCCCGAGUUUCCCGCCCUGCGGUGCCUGAGGCUGGAGCACAAGCGUGGUUCGCAGGCGCCCUUUCCCAUCCUCUACAUCGCGUCGAGGACACCGCGCCUCGAACAGCUGUGCCUGACCAACGUGCACUUGACAUGCGACGGGCUGCAUCGGUGGAAGGACAUCUGGCACAUGCUAUGGCGCAGCUUGCAAGUCGUCGUCUUUACCAUGCCGGACAUGGGACAAGCCGUCCAAUCGCGCGAAACGCUCACGGCUGUCACGUCCCUGAUGUGUCUGCAUAGCUCGGGCCACUUCCGUUACGUCGAUCUUCAGAUUCCGUACUCGAGCGAAGACGACCAAACGACGGCCGAGGUGUUCCCGCCAUGCUCGGAAUCGGGCGUUUCGAACACGGUGGAUGCGCACGGGCGCCCGAUACGUCGUCCACUUCAACUUCACAGCCUGCGGCAGCUUCGCUUGAAGGACUUGGCACACGGUCCGUCCACCAUGCGGCAUCUCCUCGGUGGCGCUGCGGAGAGGGGCAACCUGCACACGCUCGACAUUGUGUUCCCCAUUCCCACCUUCCACAGUCCCGUGGGUCGACAGCACAUGGAACAUCUCGGCGCCUACGGCUGGCUCCGCGGCGUCGAAUCCAUCCGCAGCCUCGGCAUCUCGCGGUUUCGCUUCCGAGAGUACCCCACAAACGACGACGACUUGCCGCUUCCGAGCUUCUUGGCCACCUUCCCGAACCUCGAGACGCUGUCCCUGACGUCCGACCACUACGCGCCUGAAGAGUUUUGCUCCGUCGUCGAGGCCAUCCUGAACGUGACCCAUCUCAAGGUGCUCUACCAGAACAAGGUGAACGGGGCGUUGAUGGACAAGCUCGUGAGGCUUGGCGAAACCUUUGGCGUCCAAGUCAUCUGGGGUGAGCGACCCCGGGUGUGGCCUGUGCCGCCCGAGGAGUGA